ACGCUGAGGCCCCAUCUCUAGCGCCGCGCCUGCUCUCACUCCCGGGCACCAUGGGCGCCGGCGCGACCAAGGGCAUCAACCCGCCCAAGGGCGUGGCCUUCGAGGAGGCGGCGCUGCCCUUCGUCGGGCUGCGCGCGUCCCAGCUCCGGGCGCUGCGCACGGCCUUUGGGGAGUACGCCCAGGGCUACAGCGUCGAGCUCGACGAGUUCCGCGCCGUCGUGCGGCCCGUCGUCGGCGCGGCGGCGGCGGACGCGGCCUUCGCCUUGCUCAAGGGCGGGAUCAAGGGCGCGCCGAACGACGCGACCGAGGUCGACAUGGCGCGGCUCCUCGGCCCCGCGGCUUUGACCGCCGCGGCGGAGCUCGACGACGUCCUCGCGCUCCUCGCGGACGCGUGCCGCCUCGACGAGACGGCGGGCCUGACGCUGCAGCACGUCAUCGUCGGCGUCGCCUGCUGGACCAAGGGCGUCGUCGCGCCGCCGUCGGCCGAGGAGACGGACUACGCGCUCACGCUCCUGGCGUUGAAGGCCGCGCCCAAGGGCCUCGGCGACCGCAGGGCCCUCGAGGGCGCCCUCAAGGCCGCGCCCGAGUUCGCCGCCUGGAUUUUGGCGCUGAGCGCCGCGGCGUCGGACGUCGUCGUCGCCCGCGCGACGGCGACGGCGCCCGCGGCCGGCGCCGUCGACGUGCUCGCGCGCUACGCGGCGCCGCGCAAGUACCGGCCGCCGCGGCGCCGCGAGGGCUCCUCCUUCACGGUCCUCGACGGCUGCUACGUCAUGUACGGCGGCGUCGACGAGCAGGACGCCAACGCCUGCACGUCCGACGUCCACGUCGUCUCCGAGUUCCCCGGGGCCGUGCUCUGCGACCGCACGCGCGCGCGCGGCGCCGCGGCGCCGGACGCGCGCGCGCACCACGCGGCCUGCGCGGUCCACGGCGGCGCCUGCCUCUUCGUCUUCGGCGGGCUCGGCGGCAACGGCGCGCGCUUCAACGACGCCUGGCUCCUCGCCCGGGGCGACGGCUUCUUCGAGUGGAAGCGGCCCAAGGCGUCCGGCCGGCCGCCGUCGCGGCGCCGCGACGCCGUCGCGUGCGAGGCCCGCGGCAUGUCCAACGACGGGCCGGGGCUCGUCGUCGUCUACGGCGGCGCGGCGGACGCCGGCGCCGCGGCGCUGCUGGGCGACCUCUGGGUGCUCGCGUUUUCGUUGAAGACCAUCGCGACGUGGUCGGCCGUCGUCUUCGGACCGGACUCCUCGCCCGCGCCCGCGCCGCGGCUCGGCGCGACGCUCGCCCGGGCGGGCACGGCCAAGGUGCUCCUCUUCGGCGGACUGACGAAGCCCAAGGACGCCGCGGCGGCGGCGGCGGUCGUCCACACCGUCGAGGUGGCGGCGGGCGCGUCGUCCGUGGACCCCUACGUCGCGACGGCGUCCGCGAUGCCCUGCGCGGUGGCCGACGCGUCCCUGGCGCCGCCGAGCCGCCGGUCGGGCGUGGUCUGCGCCGUCCUGGGCAACGAGCGCAAGGUGCUGGCCUUCGGGGGCUUCGACGGGCGGCUCCGGCGCGCGCACAGCGACGUCUGGGAGCUGGCGAUGGACGAGGAGACGGGCGGCACGUGGGCGCGGCUCCACGACGGCGUGGCGUCCAACUACGUCGCCGGGUCCAUGGACCGCCCGAAGGUGCCCGCGCUCGCGGCCUUCACGAAGCGGCAUCUGGCCGUGCUCUCGGAGAGCGACGACGGCGACCGCCUCGACGAGCUGCUGAGCGUGUCCGUGCGCGAGGCGCCCGGCGCCGGCGCCGUGCCGGAGCAUCGCAUCGCCGCCAUCAUCCGCCGCCUCGGGGCGGCGCGGCCCCUGGACAUCCCGCCGCCGGACGUCGCCGAGCCGGGGCCGGAGAGGCCCGAGCCCGCCGAGGGCGAGGACCCGCCGCCGGAGCCGGAGCCCAAGAAGCCGCCGAGCCGCGUCCGCGCGUCCCUGGCCUGGGUCUACGGCGUGUCCUGCCGCGGCGCGCGGGGCUCCUGCGUCUACGUCGGCGCCGGCGCGGUCGCGUACGCCGCCGGGUCCUUGGCCGUCGUCGCGACGAAGACGCGCGUCGAGGAGACGGGCGUCGUCGAGAAGCUCGAGCUCGAGCCGGCGGCGGAGGACUGGGAGCCGGCGCCCCCCGGCGCGGCCCGCGACGACGAUGAGGACGACGACGACGAGGACGUCGUCGUGCCGACCGAGGACGUCUUCCGGCCCCUGACGCAGGAGGAGGAGGACGAGUACAGGGAGGCGGGCGCCCUCGAGUCGGAGCUCGCCGUCGUGAAGGCGUCCAAGGACGUCGUCGACCAGCGCGUCUCCUACGCCCACGGCGCCGAGGUGCUCUGCGUCGCCGCCGCGGGCGGGAUCUGCGCGUCGGGCGAUUCGACGGGCGCCGUGGCCCUCUGGCGCGGCGGGUCCCUGGAGGUCCUAGCCCGGGCCGACGACGUCUUCGGCGCGUCGAAGCCCGCGAGUCUCGUCGCCUUCGCGCCCGGCGGCGCCGGCGCGCUCCUCGUCGUCGGAAACGGGUCCGUCGCGGUCUUCGACGUCGACGGCGCGUCCAAACUGACGAAGACCUUCGCCGGCGCGGCCGCCCACGGCGCGGCCUACGCCGCGGCCUGGGUCUCGCCGUCGGCCUUCGUGGUGCUCGGCGAGCACGGCGGCUUCCUCUGGCGCGAGGCCUACGUCGGCGACGGCUACGCGGCCGCGCCCUUGCUCUCGGACGAGAAGCUCGCGCCGCAGCUCGCCGUCGCGACGCUCGACGGCGGUUCGGGCCUCCCGGGCCGCGAGUCCUUCGCGACGGGCGGCGCCGACGGGUCGCUCCACGUCUGGUGCGGCCGCACGCUCUCCAAGUCCCAGCUCUGCCACGCGGGGCAGGCCGUCCUCGCGCUCGCGUCGUCGAAGAACGUGCUCGCGACGGGCGGCGCCGACGGCGACGCGCGCGUCUGGGCCGUCGCCGUGGCCGAGCCCCUGGACCCGCCCGUCGACGACGCGCCGGACCCGGCCGCGCCGCCCGACCGCGGCAACUGGAUCAACGGCACGCAGGCGGACGCGAUCGGCCCCGCGCCGGCCCCCGACGACGAGGCCGAGGACGCGUCCACGAAGCUCUUCGAGCCCACGUACGUGCCCGAGGUGCGCGAGGCGCCGCCCGUGGACCUGUUGGAUGCGCCGAAGCCGUCCGUGGCGCUCCGGUGCGUCGCGUCGCUCGACGGCUGCGCCGAGCCCUUCGCGGUGACGUCCCUCGACUUCGCCGCGGGCGCCGCGGCGCUCCUCGUCGCGUCGGCCGACGGCACGGCGCGCGAGUUCGCCCUGCCGUUGGAGGCGGGCGGCGCGAUCGGCGACGGCGCGCGCUACGCGACGGGGCCGGGCCCCGCGGGGCACGCGGUCGCGACGCACCCGCGGGGCAAGGCCGAGGCGGCGACGGCCGGCGGCGUCUUCGAGGGCCUCGUCAAGCUCUGGGACACGGAAAAGCACAAAGUCGCCGGCGAGCUGUCCUACGGGUCCUCCGCGGCGACGGCCGUCGACUACUCGCCGACCGCGCGGACCCUGGCCUUCGGCACGGCCGCGGGCGCCGUCGUCCUCGCGAAGCGCAAGCCCUUCGAGCUGGCCACGGUCAUCUGCGAGCCCGGCGCCGGCGCGCCCGUGGCCGCGGUCGCCUGGGCGCCCGAGGGGCCGUCGCUCGCGGUCGCGACGGAGGCGGGCGCCGUCGACGUCUACGCGUUCAAGGACGGCGCGUGGCGCAAGGUCGCCGCGUCGCCGCCGGGGCCCGAGCCCCUGCUCGCCGUCGACUUCUCCGCCGACGGCGCCUUCCUCCGGGCCGCGACGCCGAGCGGCGUUUCUUACUUUGCGGCGCCGGGCGCGGACGACGAGCCCGCGGCGGACGACGCCGGCGAGGGCGACGACGAGGCGGAGGCGCCGAAGAAGAAGAAGGCGGCGCCCAAGGAGUACGUCGUCAAGGAGUGCAAGGUCGCCGCGCCCGACGACGUCGCGGCCGUCGACUGGGCCGCCAAGGCCGCGGCGCCGGCGGAGUCGCUCGACGCGCUCCAGGGCGCGGUGGAGCCGCCGGCCGAGGACGAGGAGGACGAGGACGACGACGACGCGCCGAAGAAGGCCAAGGUCGAGCCGCCGCCGGCCGUGCGCCCGGCGCCGAGCGGCGUCCGCGUCACGCUCAAGCGGCCCGACGGCGGGCACGCGCCCGUCGCGCACGCGGUCGCCGCGGCCCUCGCGGUCAAGACCACGCCCCAGCUCCUCCUCUCCACGGGCGCCGGCGACGGCCUCCUCGUCCAGUGGGGGCUGACGCUCGCGCCGGAGCCGACGGAGGACGCUCGGCGGGCCGCCUCGUCGCGCGACGGCGCCAUGGCGGCGCGCUACGAGGUCGACGACGAGGAGGCGCCGGCGCACGACGACGACCUCGACUGGGAGUCGACCAUCACCUUCAUGGUCGACCGGGAGACGACGCGCGCGACGCGCCUGGGCGCCGCGAAGCGCCACCGGCCCUUCCGCGGCUCCGUGCAGGUGCCCCGCAUGCCCCUGGACCAGUUCUGCAAGCUCCUGCACCACGACCCGCGGCGCGCGAGGCUCUCCGACGACGCGUUCCACAGCCGCUACGGCUACGGCUACGACGCGGUGCUCGCGCUGCGCCACGACGACGACGCGGACGGCGGCCGGCUCAGCGCCAAGGCGCGCGAGAUCGUCAAGAAGCUCCACGGCGGCGGCGUCGAGACGAGGCUCGAGCGCGCGUCGCGGGGCCGGAAGGUGCUCUUCGUGCUCCUCCGCGCGCCGGUGCACCGCCUCGCGCACGCGGCGGACCAGCUGGACUGGAUCGUGCCGCUCUGCCCCGCCGCCGUGGAGCGGCGCAUCACGCGCGGCGCCGAGGGCAUCAAGCCCCGGACGCUGCACCACGACCCCAAGCUCACGCACGGCCGCGGGCCCUACGUCUUGAUCCACGGCAAGUACGACACGGACGAGGGCCUCCAGGCGCUCUACGACGCGCCGCGGGGCUGCGCGCACCUCUUCGAGUGGUCGCUCCUGCGGCUCAAGCUCCUCUUCGCCAUCUUGGAGAUGCCCCACCGCCAGGGCGGCUGCGGGCUCUCGGUGAAGGCGCAGGUCGAGGGCGGCGACUUCCUCGCCGCGUACCCGCUCCACGACCGCGCGCGGCGCGAGCUCGCGAGCCGCUGGUCCAUGCACGCGCCGCGCCUCGACCUCGUGCGCAGCUACUUCGGCGAGCGCCUCGCGCUCUACUUCGCGUUCGUGAACCACCUCGCGCUCUGGUGCGGCUUCAGCGCGGCCGCGGGCGUCGCGACGACGGCGGCCAUGUACUGGGAGAACACGAUCGCGGACCGCGCGCGGAAGCACUCGCGCAUCCUGCCCGUCUUAACCUUCUUCCAGUGCUGCUGGGCCGUGCUGAUGCUCGAGUUCUGGAAGCGCAAGGAGUGCCGCAUGGCGCUGUCCUGGGGCACGCUGGGCCUCGACGAGGCCGUGCCGAACCGGCCGGCCUUCCGCGGCGCGACGCGGCCGUCGCUCGUCGACGGCACGCCGGAGAUCCACUACCCGAAGUCGAAGCGGAACCGCAAGGGCGUCGCGUCGUUCGUGACCGUGUUCCUGCUCGUCGUGCUCGUCGUCGCCGCGGCGAGCUCCGUCAUCUGGGUCCGCGUGUCCGUGCAGACGAUCUUCCGCCCGAACCGCGGCCUCUACGUCGCCGCGGGCGCGUCCGUGCUCAACACGGCGCAGAUCGAGGUCAUGAACUACGGCUUCGUGACGAUCGCCACGAAGCUCAACGCGUGGGAGAACCACCGCACGGACGUCGAGUACAUGAACAACCUCGUGCUGAAGCUCGUGUCCUUCUUCUUCUUCAACUACAACAUCCCGCUGCUCUACAACGCGUUCUUCCAGCGGCUCGUCGAGGGCUGCCCGCGCGGCGGCAGCCGCGAGGUCGUCGUCGGCAAGGGCACGUGCUACAGCGCGCUGGAGCUCAACCUGGGCGUCAUCUUCGUCAGCAAGAUGGCGUCGAACUACGCGAGCGAGAUGGCCCUGCCCUGGGUCCGCGCGCGGUACCGCGACGCGCGCGACCGCGGCAAGACGACGGCCGCGGCGUCGGCCGCGGAGGUCGACUUCGACCUGAGCGCGUCCGACGACAUCGACGACAACAUCGGCGACAUGACGGUCCUCGCCAUCCGCUUCUCGUUCAUCACGCUCUUCAUCACGGCGCUGCCGUGCCUCACGGCGCUCGCGUGGUUCGCGAACCACUACGAGGGCACGAACGAUUUGAAGAAGUUCCUGUUCUACAAGCGGCGCGAGUGGCCCGCCGUGGCCUGGUCCGUCGGCUCCUGGCUGCUCGUCUUCCAGCUCAUCACGGCCUGCGCCGUGACGACGAACGCGGCGUGCAUCUUCUACACGGUCCGCUGGGAGCCCUUCGCCGUCGAGGGGGGGCUCCGGCCGAACCAGCGGUCCUUCGGCUUCUUCCUCGUCCAGUACAUCGUGUUCACGCUCAUGGUCGGGCUCAUGAUCGUCGUGCCGGACCAGCCGGAGGACGUGGAGAUCCAGCUGAAGCGGCAGCGGUUCCUCGUGUCGAAGCUCAUCGACCAGACGCCCGACGAGAUGGACUCGGACAGCGACGACGGCGGCGACGACGUCGACGACGACGACGUCGAGGCGCCGCUGCGCCUCCUGGCGCCGGAGACGCCGUCCUACGCGCUCCGCGGCGGCGCGCCGCCGCCGCCGGUCUUCUCCGAGGCGCUCGCGAAGCGCGAGCCGCGCGACGCCGCGGCGCGCGUCUUCGAGGAUCUGAAGAACGACGACGGCCGCCUCGACGGCGCGAUCCUCGAGUCCGUGCUGGGCCACCGCGCGCCGGGCCGGGACGUCGGGCCGCUCCUCGACGACUACCUCCUCCAGGCCGAGCCCCACACGGUGGCGAACUUCAAGUCGCUCCUGCGGGCCGCGUCCGCGCUCGGCGGCGACGACGCGUCGGACGACGACGCCGACGACGCGUCGGACGACGGCGACGCGCCGCCGCCGCCGCCGCCGCCGGCGAGCCCGCUCGACGACCCGCGGCACAACGCCGCCGUCGCGGCCCACUUCGACGCGCUCUAUCGCGACGCGUGGCGGCCGGGGCGGCCGCCGACCUGGGGGCAGAUCUCGGACAAGCUCAACGACCCGGCGCUGUCGCCGAAGAAGCCGCCGCCGGGCGAGGAGCGCAAGGAGGCGGACCGGGGGACCGCGCGCUUCUUCGACCCGCCGCCGGCGCCCGAGGCGCGCGACCGGUCGUCGACGGACGCGCACUUCGCGGCGAUCUUCGACGGCCUCGACGACUCCGACGACGACGACGAGGCGGCCGUCCUCGGCGUACUUCCACUUGGCCCAGAUGUAGCCGAUGGCGAUGAGCGCCGUCGCGACGGAGAAGGUGCACUUGAAGUACUGGGAAGCGACGCAGGGCUGGCGCGCGACGCCGUCGGGCCCCGUGCAGGGGCUGAUGACGCUGUCGAAGCCCGCGGACUGCACCGCCGAGAUGAUGCCCUUCUCGGUGCAGAGGCACUUGGGCAUGUUGCCCGCGCCGUCGGGCUCGCAGAUGCAGGACCCCGUGAGCGCCGUCACCUUGGCGCUCUGCGCGUUCUUGUCCACCUCGACGUGCUUGAUGUAGUGCACCUUGGCGAGCACGUUUUUGAUCGUCUCGCAGCAGCCCUCGCAGGGCAGCCGCGACGUGAUGGCGAUGUCGAAGGUCUUCUCCGCCAUCCGAGCCGGUUGGCGCCGCCGCCGCGCGCGUCCGGCGGUCGCCGAGGCCCGCGCAGUCGCCGCGUUGGCUGCCACCGACGAGGUAUGCCAGAAAAAACUGCGGGCAGCCUCCAAUUGGCAGCCUCUGUGAUUGGGCGAGCCAGGAAGGCGGGGUUUGCUCCGCCAGCGGCGCCGCCGGCACCCCUGCGUGCGCGGCGGGGUGGUACAUCUUACUCCACGAAAACGGCGUUCCCCAGCCGUCACACCCACGUCGCGCCCAAAACCAAGGGGCGUAUCCAACGCCAUCGAUGGUGGCGCGCACCGCGGCUACGGACUUGUACGCCGCGGCAGCCCCGCGGACUCGGAGACGAGGCCCGCGCGGUGGAAUUUGGUCGACGCCAGAACCACCUCCGAUGGGGGCACCGACGGUCAGGCUUACGUCCAGGGGUCAUGGAAGGCCACUCCGACCGCCAGAACGGGCUGCCGCCUGGAACCACAGGAGGCCGAGUUGCACGAAGCGGACCUCGACCUCGUUCCCGCGCCUACAUCCGGCUUCUAAUGCUGCUGCGCCGGUGCCUCGUGCGCGCGCGCGCCGCGACGCAGCAUCAGCGACGACACUUUCCCACGGCCUACAUCCGCGACGUCGACGGCGACAUCUACCUCGUCGGAACCGCGCACAUCGGUAAAAAAUCCAGGGAAGAAGUCGUCGACAUCAUCGACAAGGUCCAGCCUAAAGCCGUCAUGGUCGAGCUGUGCCGCGGCCGCGCGGCGUCGCUGCGCCGCGGCGGCGGGCGAGGCGGCGGCGGCGACUCCGCGACGCUGCGGAUGAUGCUCGAGCGCUUCGGGCUCGACCGGCGCGCCGCGGAGCUCGCGCUCGGCGUCUUCAACCGCGUCGCGGGCGUGCUCGGCGAGCAGGGCGGCGACAUGCUCGCGGCGCUCGAGGCCGGCGAGCGCGUCGACGCGCGCAUCGUCCACGGCGACGUCGACGGCGCGACGACGGAGCGGCGCGUCCGCGCGGCCGCGCAAAAGCUCGUCGCGUCGCCCGCGGACGCGGCGGCGCUCGCCAUGAAGCUGAGCACGGACGCGGACGUCGCGCGCGUCGUCGCGUCCAUCGGCGCCGGCGCGCUCGCCGACGGCGGCCUCGAGGGCGCCGUCGGCGGCGUGCUGAACCGCGAGUCCGCGCGGCGGCUCGGCGCCGUCCUCGACCGCCACGCGCCGGACGUGGCCAACGCGCUGCUGCACGCGCGCGACGCCCACAUGGCCGACGAGCUCCAGGCCGCGGCGAAGGCGCACGGCUCCGUCGUCGGCGUCGUCGGCAUCGCCCACAUGGACGGCAUCGAGCGGCGCUUCCCCAACGCGACGGUCGUGCAUCUGGACGGGGCCUCCGCUGCGCAAAAGGAGACGAGUCACUUCAAAAUGAUCGUUUCUUGCGGCCAGCAUGAGCGGCGUGAUUCUCACUCUACUGAGCUUGUCGAUGUCUGCGCCGUGUUUGAGGAGUAUCGCCGCCUCGCCGGGAUACUCACAACGGUGGAGGGCCCCGAAACCAUGGAAGUCGGUUCCGCGAACAUCGGCCCCGUGGGCAAUCAGUAG